CUGAGCUUGGCUGAAGCACAGUCAGCAGAGGAAGGAAGAAGGGAACGGAGUUGCUGUCUCAUCAGUCUAACAAGGGCAUGGGGAGAAGACUCUUCGUAGUAUUUCGCUAAAUUAAUAAACGCUUUUUGUUCAUCACAUGUCGUUUAGUGCCGUAUGCGUGAGAGUAAAAUGGCUUUGAUCCUUGUCAGGAGGUCAUCUUUUCCAGUGCUGAAAACGAGCAGAUCGCUGUUCAGGGAUUUCGAUAAAGUCAAACUAAGAUGUUCUACUUGUUUUAGCUGCACAGCUCUUCGAUUUGGGAGUCACAGGAAUGUAACCAUCAGAAAUGGCAGUGUUUUUUUGCCACUAAGUGUUGGCCAUAGCUCCAGUUAUUGCAACUGGACAAGGGGGAGAAUCAGAUGCUACAAUGGAGUGUUGGAUGGCUCGUAUUUAUUGAGCCCUGUGGCUUCCCUAGGAGUUGUAGGACCCUGGCAUGGUCCAGUAAGGUGGUGGCAUUCCACUAAUAAUUUAUACGAUGAUUCCAAAGUGGAGAAAUCUUUGAAAUCUCUUAAGGACAAAAACAAGAAACUAGAAGAGGGAGGUCCAGUAUACAGCCCUACUGUUGAUGUAGAACCUGUUAGAAAGACAAUAACACAAAGAGUAGUAGAUGAAGUAAAGCACUAUUACCAUGGAUUUCGAUUGCUAUGGAUUGAUACAAAGAUAGCAGGCCGUAUGCUAUGGGGAAUCCUCAAUGGACAUAUUCUCUCCCGGAGGGAGCGAAGACAGUUUCUCAGAACCUGUGCAGAUGUUUUCAGACUGGUGCCCUUCUUGGUUUUCAUCAUUGUUCCGUUCAUGGAGUUUCUUCUGCCAGUAGCACUUAAACUGUUCCCCAAUAUGCUCCCUUCAACAUUUGAAACAAAGUCCAAGAAGGAGGAGCGAUUAAAGAAAGAACUCAGAGUAAAGCUUGAAAUGGCCAAAUUUCUUCAGGACACUAUUGAGGAGAUUGCACUUCGCAACAAGGCUGCUAAAGAACAUGUUUCUGUGGAGUUUUCCUCUUUCUUUCAGAAGAUUAGAAAUUCCGGUGAAAGACCCAGCAAUGAGGAGAUUAUUCGCUUCUCUAAGCUUUUUGAGGAUGAACUGACUCUGGACAACUUGUCCAGGCCUCAGCUGGUUGCUCUCUGCAAACUACUUGAGCUCCAAUCCAUUGGAACCAACAAUUUUCUCAGAUUUCAAAUAAUAAUGAAAUUAAGGGCCAUUCGUGCAGAUGAUAAGCUAAUUGCAGAGGAGGGGGUGGACAGCUUGAAUGUAAACGAGAUACAAGCAGCAUGUCGCGUACGAGGAAUGAGAGCACUAGGUGUUACCGAGGAGCGUCUCAGGGAGCAGCUGAAGCAGUGGCUGGAGCUGCACUUGGACCAGCAGAUCCCUACAUCACUACUGUUGCUUUCUAGAGCAAUGUAUCUACCCGACACUCUGUCUCCAGCUGAUCAGCUGAAGACCACACUGCAGAACCUGCCUGAAACAAUGGCAAAGGAAGCUAAGAUCAUGGUAGCAGAAGUAGAAUGUGGAAAGGUGGACAACAAGACUAAGCUGGAAGCAACAUUGCAAGAAGAGGCAGCUAUCAAAAAGGAAAACCAAGAACGAGAAAUGGAGAGGCUAGCAGAUGCAGCUGAAAAGGCUAAAGAAGUUCUACAAGUUGCUGCUCGAAAAGAAAUGGAGUCUGCAGUAGACCUAGAAGUUUCUGCUGUCAACAUUAAGAAAAGCCAGAUUGCCAUGGACACUGAGCAGGAGUUGACCAAUGUGGACUUGGCAAUUCACUCACAGACCUUGCAGGACACAGCUCCUGUCUUGGAAGGGAUAAAGGGAGAAGAGAUUACCAAAGAGGAGAUCGACAUGCUUAGUGAUGCCUGUACAAAAUUGAAGGAGCAGAAGAAACUGCUGACUAAGGAAAAGGAGGAGCUAGAGGAUCUGAAAGAUGAUAUACAGGAGUACAAUGAGGACCUAGAGGAGAUAAAGAAAGAGCUAUUAAAGAGUGGACAGGAAGAGGUUGUCCAAGAGUCCAAAGCCAGCAAGAGACUUUCUAAAAGAGUAAACCGAAUGAUUGGCCGUAUUGACAAGAUCAUUUCAGAGCUAGAAACUGACCAGAAGGUUCUGGAUGGGCAGCUAGACAGUGGAGCAAUACCUCCAGUUGGCAUUUAUUUCACAUUUAGGGAGAAUGUCAUCAGUAUUAAUGAGCUGAUCAGCGUUAUGCGUCAGAUACAGAACAUUCCUGAGCACAAGCUGCAACUUAUUGCUGAAGCUUUGGAUGAAAACAAAGAUGGCAAAAUUGACAUUGAUGAUGUUAUCAAGGUUGUUGAAUUAAUUGACAAGGAGGAUAUUGAUAUCUCAGCUGGUCAAGUUGCAGAGAUCAUGGCAAUGCUUCAAAAGGAAGAGAAACUGGUAGAAAAAGAGAAAGCCAAGGAAAAAGCAGCAGAAGUUCAGAACUGAGCCCAUUUUUACCCUUCAGUGGUUUGAUGUUCACCUUCUAUGUAAAAACACCAGUAACCUCAGAUUUAUAGAAUGGUGGAGCUGCAAAGAAUAUUUUUCUCCAUUUAUUUCUUGAGUUUGUUGAACAAUAAGGGGCAGAAUCCUCAAAAUCAUUGGUGCAAUGUGAAAUUUGUUGCACAGUUGAAUAUAUACCACGGUAGCUUUGCUUUUUGUGAUGGGGUACUUUUUAGAUGUAAGACAAAGGCUGCUUCAUCAUAAAUUUGAAAAAAGUUUUUCAUUGCACACUAAAUCAUUCAUGAUUCCUUACGCAUAUAAACUAUAAGUUUGUAUUUUUUUAAUGACUGAGUCUAUGUACUCCCUUAAAUUAUUGUAUUUAACAUGCUUUAUUGAUAAAGGUGAUCAUAAAUAUGGUAAUAUUUUGUAUACGAGUAGGUUAACACGAAGAAGAAAUGAUUUUGAAAAGUACAGUAAUUAAUAACAAAUGGGAACAACCAGACUAAGCUGCUGCACUGUUUUGAGGAGGUUUUGUAUGAAAGCCUUUUUUGUAUUUAAAAUAGGAAUUUUUUUUUUUUAACUAAUAUUUUGAGCACUGAAAGUACCAAAGGCAGGAAAACUGUUGUUAAUUUUUAUUUUAUAUUAUGCUUUCUGGCUUUUAGACAGCUUUGUAAUUUAUCACAUUUAAUUUUUUUUUCCUUAGGCCUGUGUACAUGUCAGUGAGGAUUAAUAAAUGUAUUUCGGCUUUCAUAAUUUAUUUUGACUUAAAUGUUUGACAUGAAUUUGUUAGCAUAAAAUAUGCUGGUUUUAAUCAUAUUUUAAAAAGGAGUCAAAAAAUACGGUUCGUGUAAUUAUUUGUUCAGAAUGAUAUUGACCUACUGUACCACUACAGUUUUUUGGCUGUUUUUUACUAUACAAAUCAUUGCCAUAUUAAAUCCUUCUACUCCAUGUUCAAAUAGCACAUAUACAGUGAGAUUGUUGUUCAGAUCCAUGGGCAGCCUACCUAAACUUUAUUGUGUAUACAGAAAAUAAUACAUUUCAGCAAUUUACAACCGAUUCACACCACAGUCUGUUGAAUAGGUUAUCUGAUCAGUCCUUCCAGCUUUGGCCCAUUGGAAAAGAAUUUGUCAACAUUCAGUGUUCCGUUUUUAAGUAGCUUAGCUUUACUCCUAUACUUUGUUUUUAUUUUUUUAGUCAGUAGGGUUAACCAAAGCCAUGCUUAACUUGGGCUUGUUAAUUUAGGAGCAAGACUACAGGUCUGGUCAGGUUAGGUUGAGGAGCAUGCACUGGUACAUCUUGUUGCCGCACCCACCACAUGACAGAACAACUUGGUUGGCAACCUCCCAGAUAGACAAGCGAUCCAGUCCCACUUUCUGGGAAUUACCAUCGCUGCCACAGCCAGGUGUUACAGUGGGGCAAAAAAGUAUUUAGUCAGCCACCACUUGUGCAAGUUCUCCCACUUAAAAAGAUGAGAGAGGCCUGUAAUUUUCAUCAUAAGUAUACCUCAACUAUGAGAGACAAGAUGAGAAAAAAAAAAUCCAGAAAAUCACAUUGUCUGAUUUUUGAAGAAUUUAUUUGCAAAUUAUGGUGGGAAAAAAAAAGUAUUUGGUCAAUAACAAAAGUUCAUCUCAAUACUUUGUUAUAUACCCUUUGUUGGCAAUGAUAGAGGUCAAACCUUUACUGUAAGUCUUCACAAGGUUUUCACGCACUGUUCCUGGUAUUUUGGCCCAUUCCUCCAUGCAGAUCUCCUCUAGAGCAGUGAUGUUUUGGGGCUGUCGCUGGGCAACACGGACUUUCAACUCCCUCCAAAGAUUUUCUAUGGGGUUGAGAUCUGGAGACUGGCUAGGCCACUCCAGAACCUUGCAAUUCUUCUUACGAAGCCACUCCUUCAUUACCCAGGCGGUGUGUUUGGGAUCAUUGUCAUGCUGAAAGACCCAGCCACGUUUCAUCUUCAAUGCCCUUGCUGAUGGAAGGAGGUUUUCACUCAAAAUCUGACGAUACAUGGCCCCAUUCAUUCUUUCCUUUACACGGAUCAGUCGUCCUGGUCCCUUUGCAGAAAAACAGCCCCAAAGCAUGAUGUUUCCACCCCCAUGCUUUACAGCAGGUAUGGUGAUCUUUGGAUGCAACUCAGCAUUCUUUCUCCUCCAAACACGACGAGUAGAGUUUUUACCAAAAAGUUCUAUUUUGGUUUCAUCUGACCAUAUGACAUUCUCCCAAUCCUCUUCUGGAUCAUCCAAAUGCUCUCUAGCAAACUUCAGACGGGCCUGCACAUGUACUGGCUUAAGCAGGGCGACACGUCUGGUACUGCAGGAUUUGAGUCCCUGGCGGCAUAGUGUGUUACUGAUGGUAGCCUUUGUUACUUUGGUCCCAGCUCUCUGCAGGUCAUUCACUAUGUCCCCCCGUGUGGUUCUGGGAUUUUUGCUCACCGUUCUUGUGAUCAUUUUGACCCCACGGGGUGAGAUCUUGCAUGGAGCCCCAGAUCGAGGGAGAUUAUCAGUGGUCUUGUAUGCCUUCCAUUUUCUAAUAAUUGCUCCCACAGUUGAUUUCUUCACACCAAGCUGCUUACCUAUUGCAGAUUCAGUCUUCCCAGCCUGGUGCAGGUCUACAAUUUUGUUUCUGGUGUUCUUUGACAGCUCUUUGGUCUUGGCCAUAGUGGAGUUUGGAGUGUGACUGUUUGAGGUUGUGGACAGGUGUCUUUUAUAUUGAUAACGAGUUCAAACAGGUGCCAUUAAUACAGGUAACGAGUGGAGGACAGAGGAGCCUCUUACAGAAGAAGUUACAGGUCUGUGAGAGCGAGAAAUCUUGCUUCUUUGUAGGUGACCAAAUACUUAUUUUCCACCAUAAUUUGCAAAUAAAUUCUUUAAAAUCAGACAAUGUGAUUUUCUGGAUUUUUUUUUCUCAUUUUGUCUCUCAUAGUUGGGAAAAUUACAGGCCUCUCUCGUCUUUUUAAGUGGGAGAACUUGCACAAUUGGUGGGUGAUUAAAUACUUUUUUGCCCCACUGUACGUGAAGUGAGUGUCCCCUUGGCCUGGUCCAGCCAUUCUGGUCAUCAACAGUGAGGAUCCUGUGAGCCAGAUUACCCUUGGGGAAUCGCACCACGUGGCAGUAGUGCCUCAUUCAACACAAAGUCAAACCAGUGGUACCCAAGGAUUUUCUGAAUAGACACAGUACCGUAGGAGUCCAGUCUGUGACUCGGGUCACUGGAUAGUGUCCAUGUCUCGCAACCAAAUAGCAAGACAGGAAGCACCAGGAGUCUAAAGACUUGGACUUUCGUCCUUUUGCAUAGAUAUUGGGAGCGCCACAACACCCGUUUCCAGCAACCUCAUGACCUACCAUGCUAUCUUAAACCGUCUACUGACUACAUCCUUAAUAAUUUUAAACAAAUUGCUAAUUUGGUAGCAUCUAAGUACAGUAUAAAACUAUCACUGAGUAAUUAUCUUUGGGCAGCUUAUCACCCAGUGUUGCUGAAGAACAUUUUUUGAGUCAUAUUUGAUUUAUCUUAUUUCAUAUUGAAAGGGAUCCCAGUGAUCCCAUAAGGAUAUUUCUUUAUUUGAAAGACCUGAACUGUUUUAGUAAUAACAACUAAGAUGUGAGAGGGUAGUGGUUCUAGAUAAAUGUAACUAUAACAAACAUUUAUAAACCAACUAUCCAUCCAUUUUCUAAUCUCCUUAUUCUGUUACAGGGUUGGCAGUGUCAUGAACAAGGCAAAUCAACCCUGGAAGGGACGUCAACUUAUUACAGCUAGUCUCUGGGACUGUGAAAUACAGUAAAAGACAAAAGUAAUGUUAGGCGGCCUAUUUCUGUGCUGCUCCAAUUAGAAACUCUCUUCACAAAUUCAUUAUAUAUAUAGCGUGUAGUAUAUACAAAUAUUCACAAAGAGAAUAUAGAAAAUCAUGGGCUGUGUUUACAAACAGACAGACACAGUAGUUUUGAAUAAAACGCUCAAAAUCAUUUACUACCUACAGUGAAAUAGAUCAAUUAUGUAAAAUCCAUCUACUAUUAAAAUAAUUUAACUCUGCAUUAAUUUAAUUCCACUCAGAAAGAAUUGUCCCAGUUUUUAAUAUUCAAUUUCUCUACUUUGAGGUAUAUUUUGGCACUCUUUUAUUAGAACCUCCCGUAUUUUUCCGUGUUUUGCACAUUUCUUUUAGCCGUCCACAUUUUUUUUUUAAAGAUUUCUUUCUUUUCUUCUGAACAGAUUCAUUAGAUGUGAUUCAAGAAAUUUAGCACUGUAGUAAUUUCUUCAUAAUUUAUAAGGUAGAUACUAGCCAUUCGCUCAUUACUGCACCAAUUUUCAGAAUCUGCUGUUUCCAUUUCAGUUUUGCUUCCAGCAACAUGGGCAUGAAGCAGAAAUCGGUAUGAAUGGGUAACUCCAUUACACAGACCAGCAUUUAUUCUUUUCAGGUUAACCCAAAGUUUGGCAGUUAAAGUAGUGCAUGUCUUUGGGAUGUGGCAACCCCUGUAAAAAUCCACCCAGACAUGGUACAGUUUUUGAACUUCACUUGGGGAAUUACUGAGCCUCCUAGCAAAUUUGAUUCUUAGGAGGAAAAGGACCACAUUUCUAAGGAAAGAAAAAAAUAAGAUUUCGAUUCACAAAAUAAAAAUUGUACAAAUUAGCUAGUCAUUUGCUUAGAUUGGACGAUGUUACAGAUUCUUGUUUUAGGAAGUUUUCUACAAGAAAAAAAAAUUAAACCUGAAAUUUUUUUAUUACAGUUCUAUAAAGAACUGUUUGCUGCUCUGUUUAGUAUGAAGUUUUACCCUUGCUCAAACUUUAAAGUUUAAAUAGUAAACAUAAUCUGUUGUAACAACUCAAAAAAUAAAAAUGUUGAAAUGGUAAAUCUUCUGUUUUUCUCAAUCAUUUAUUAAUAUUUGCUUAUAGAGUUAAGAUUAGUGUGGUCUAGUGGAGUAAGAUGAUGAUUUGAAGGCUGGAAAACUGUCAAUUCAUUACCAAUAUUUAACUGACUGUGUAACUCUGAAUGAAAUAAUUUGUGUUGUGUAUAUAUAGUUGAAUAAAAGCAUUAGCUAAAAAAUGUAAGUACAUAUAUUGAAAAUGAUCACUGUUUAUUAAAAUUAUAUUCUAGAUGUCAAUAUGAGAGUACAGAGGCACAUUAAACUGGAUUCGGAUCUUCAGCUGGUCACUGUUAGUAUAGAGUUUUCCUCCCAUGUCACAAACAGGCAUAUUUUAAGUAAACUGGGAACUCUACAUUGGCCUUGUGUGUCUUGAUACGACUUAUUAUCGUUUUCCAAGGCUGGUUCCUACUUUGUGUCCAGUGGUGCUGGUGCAGGCUCUGGCCCUCCAAGAGUAAUCAGGUUCAGUAAAUGGAUAAAUGAACGUGAGUAUAGAAUAAUUAAUAAAACUAGUUAAAUUUGUACAGUUUCAUUUCACAUUAUGUGGGUUUCACAUAAUCUAAUUGGAUGUCUGUGUGCACAAUGUCCUAAUCAGUUAGUCCUGGUUUAUACAGUUUAGUGCCUUUUAUAAGUUAGUCACAUGCUGCUUUAUCAAAGUAAAUUUACAAUAUUGUGCAACACACAAGCUUACACAAUAUUAUAUAAAGUAAUUGCACUGCAAAUAUGAAUCAAGAAAUGACUUCAAAGUUAUGUGAUAAUGUACGUAACUUAAGCAUUGCACAUUUUUGAUUUGUUUGCAAUUUUCAUAUGUUUAAUAUAUUGCUUAAUUUUCUGUGUUUUGCAAAAAAGAAAAAAAUAAAUUGUGUAUUACAUAUCUAUAAGUUGAGUGUCUUGAGAGAUUACAAAUGUAAGACUUGCUCACAGUAAGUUUGAUUAAAAUUAAAAUUCUUUGCUUUGCAGCCCAGCUUUAUUUCUACCUUGUUUACACCAUAGCAUUUACAUGGAGUUGAGGGGGUUAUUUGCAGUUUUUUCACUUUGACAGACGAAUGUAACCACUAGGAGCAUUCUGAUUGCAUCAGAAAUGUAUUUGUUUAAUAUUUAUGUGUGUACUGCUCUCAACCUAUUUAUGAUAGUCUGUUUCUGUGGACAACUGUAAUUUUAUAUUCUCAAAAAAGUAAAUUAAUUUAACCUGAAUUCAGUAAAUGACUUGUAAAAAUCAAA